CUUCACUUUUCAAACUGAAAAAUCAACAUCUACUUUUGUAUGCAUUUUCGUUGCUUCCACAAUUUACAUAUAUUUUUAUUCCUAAAGUCGCGCAUUUUACUUGCAGCCAGCACCCUCUUAUAUCUCUGUAAUUCCAAGCAAUGGUCGUUUGUUCGAGAGUUCUUCUGAGCGGCUCCUUGCGCGGCUCCUCCCGCAACAGUGGCCUGUACAACAGCAAGGCAAACCACACAGCGUCGUUGACACUGGGCACCAAGCGAUUCAUUUCAUUCAAAUCGUUGUUUGCGCCUUCACCGCCAAAUGGUGCUACCGAGGGAGGGCAUCUUCAGGGAAGCAAGUCGCGGCUGCUGGUUAAGCCCAACGACCUUUUCCACCCGCUAUCAAAGUCGCCGAUCAAAGAGAUGCGUGAGAAGGGCAUUCUCAUUCAGAACCACGGAUGCUGCCCCAGCUGCGGACAUGCGGCAACACGCGAGCCACUGUUCGAGUGCCCGGACUGCGGAUACCCGACGCACUGCGACGAGAAGCACUGGGUGGCCGACAAAAUGCACCAAGAGGAGCUUUGCAACUAUCUGCGCGAGGCCAACGAGGAUGAACACGAUCUGCGGUCAGGACGCACGCUGCGGGAGUUUGAGUUCCCGUCGGCGCAGCUCCCCGAAGUUGUGGUAAAUCUCAGUAGCUGGGACACGUUCUUGUACACGCGGUCCUUCACAAACGUCGAGUCGGACCGGUCAAUGCGGCAUGUGAGCAAAGUACUGACAUAUCCUAUUACUAUCGGUGCGACGCUGCACCAGUACAGUCCGUUUACGCUGGGCAGCGGUCUGACGCCCGAGGGGCUCAAGUCCAUGACGGCCCUGCGCACGACGAUCAAGGAGCACGAGCUGGCACGCAGCGAGAAGGAGCUCGAGAUGCAGCAGAUGCCGCUUCGCAUUUUUCCCAUCCACAUCUACUUUGUUGGCCCCGAGUGCAUCCCGACGCCCGACGAGACGCGGUCGACGAUUGUUGUGUCUUCACGGCUGGCACUCAAGUACCACAAGGGGUACUUCCACGACGCAAUCUGGAACUUUGCACCGUUUGAUCCGUUUACGGACAUAUUCUUCGUGUUCAGCCCCGGGCUGGCACAUCCCAAGGGGCGCGCCGGAUGGCAGCCGACCAUCGAGAAACUGCUGGAAACCAAGUGCGCGGUGUUUGCUACCGGGUUCCACGAGCAGGACAUGGCCAGCGAUGUGGCCGGGCUCGAGGAGGACUUUGGCAAGCAGGUGGACUGGCUGCUCAAGCCGCAGCCCAACCCGUUUGCCAGCCUGAAGCGCGACUUUGGCAUCAGGAAUCUGCAGGAGUGGGCAAUUGCCAACUGGGGCAUCUACGGGUUCCGCGGCAAGAGAUACGAGGUGCAGAACAGCAAGUGAGCUUAGGGCACUGGCUGUGACAGUGCGCGACUAGCAGUAGACGCCCUUUAUUUUAAUUUUUUUUGGUUUGUUGCACAGAAUAAUU